GAAUGUCGAAUGAUGAACUGUAAACGAAGCAAACACUGGAGUUACUCUCCAAUGAAAUCUUGGACUUGAUUAUGGAUAUAAAGAGUGCAUUAUCAAUUGAAAUUUUUUAUGAAUAGAUAAACUCAGAAGAGGCCGUAUUUUUGGGGCAUGAUAACCAACGAAUACACCAAACAAAAGCAUUUUCAAAUGUGCUGUUGAUUGACCGACCGACCGACCGAUGAUUCUGUUGGUAAUCUAUAUGAUAACGUUAUUUAUCUUUUUGAUAAAACAAUCAAAAAAUGGAAUAAAGAAAGUGCAGUAUUUUGAAGUCUCUUAAGAAUGUACAAAUACGUAAUAUUAUUUUUCGACAAUUGAUUGGAUUUUUUUUUUGUUUCAUCAUUUUUAUUCAGUUUUUGUUAUUGUUGUUGCAUAUUGUUGCAUUACACGCUUCUUCAAACUUUUAUCGCACUAAUAUGACUUUAUUUUAAUCCCUCUUCCUCCCAACAGCUAAAUCAGUCAAGUGUUGAGUCAAACGAAUGAUGAUGCAAUAUGAAACAUUCGUUUGAUCUUACGAGCUACAAAUGCUCUUGCAAGACAGCGUGCGUAUUCGAAAAAUGCAAUCAACCUUACUUGUUAAAUUGCAAUUGAAUCGCAACACAAAUAUUUACGUCGAAAAUUUCAUUUGAUAUCACGUGCAACUGUCUCUUGCUGAUCCAAAAGCAUUUUCAAAUGAAAACGCGGUGCUUUGAACGCUUUUACUGCGCAGGCCAAUCGAAUGUCAUAUGAUAAGCUUUUCUCCGCUUUCGCUCCGACUUUUUCGGUCCAGUGCGCGCUGUAAUUCAAAAUAAAGGAGCAUCCAUUGAAAACAUAGGUCUCUCUCCUCAAAUCGCAGCAUCUUUCAAACAGAUGAGAAAAAUCGAUUCUAGCAGCAAUAGUGUACGAUUUUUGCUGCGGAUAAAAUUGAAAAAAUACCAUCAAAUUCGUCAUUUUUUCCACAAAAUUCAGUUAACAAACUGUUAAUUUAUGUUUUAAGUUUAUAUCUACAAAGAAAAGUUAUAAUUAUCUGUCGAAAAUUUAAGAAAUUAAGAAAUGUUGUGGUUGAAAGUGUUUGUGGUGUUUAUUUUCUGGGCGGGAGCAGCACAAGCUAGAGCAACCGGAAUCAAGUCGCCUGAGGCGAAUCCUGAUGCAAAACGUCUUUAUGACGACUUACUCAGUAAUUACAAUCGAUUAAUCCGACCUGUUGUCAACAACUCUGAAACUCUAACAGUUUGGCUUGGCUUGAAAUUAUCCCAAUUGAUGGAAGUGAAUCUCAAAAAUCAAGUCAUGACCACUAAUUUAUGGGUGCCGCAGAAAUGGUACGAUUACAAAUUAAAAUGGGAUCCGGAAGAAUACGGCGGCGUGGAAAUGCUUUACAUUCCAUCGGAACAUAUUUGGCUACCGGAUAUUGUGCUUUUUAACAAUUGGGAUGGAAAUUAUGAGGUAACAUUGAUGACGAAAGCGACACUGAAAUACACGGGCGAGGUAUUCUGGGAACCGCCAGCCAUUUACAAAUCAUCGUGCGAAAUUAAUGUCGAAUAUUUCCCGUAUGACGAACAAACUUGCUUCAUGAAAUUUGGAUCCUGGACAUAUAAUGGCGCGCAAGUUGAUUUGCGACACUUGGAUCAACAGGCAGGAAGCAACAUUGUUAACAUAGGCGUUGAUUUAAAGGAAUUUUACCCGAGUGUUGAAUGGGAUAUUCUCGAAAUUCCAGCCGGUCGAAAUGAAGAAUAUUAUCCGGAGUUUACUGAACCAUUUUCAGAUAUUACAUUUAAAUUUACAAUGAGACGAAAGACGUUGUUCUACACAGUCAACUUGAUUAUUCCAUGCGUUGCACUGACAUUCCUUACGGUAUUGGUGUUCUAUUUGCCAAGCGACUCCGGUGAAAAGGUCACUUUGUGCAUUUCAAUUUUGGUGUCGUUGACUGUGUUCUUCUUGCUUUUGGCCGAAAUUAUUCCACCAACAUCACUGGCCAUUCCAUUGCUGGGAAAAUAUCUCCUCUUCACAAUGAUUUUGGUCUCACUGUCCGUUUGGACGACCGUGUGCGUUCUGAAUAUUCAUUUCAGAUCACCAUCAACACAUAACAUGUCGACGGGUGUGAGAAAAUUAUUUUUGGAAUUUUUGCCGAAAAUUCUUUUCUUGCGACGCACCAAAUACAUAAUGCCAGACUAUGAUGACAAUGCACCAAUCCAUGGAUACAUUAACGAAAUGGAUGUUAGGGACAGUGUUAGCGAUUUCACCAGCGACUACAAAAUCGAUGGUCAUGAUGGUAAUUUUGAAAAUAUUACUUCAAAUGUGCCACACACGUCUGCUGAUACCGAAUCAGAUAACAUAUUUCCGCGCAAAUUGACACCAGAAGUAUUGCAAGCGCUGCGUGGCGUUCGAUUCAUCGCACAACAUAUUAAGGAUGCCGAUAAGGAUAAUGAGAUUGUUCAAGAGUGGAAAUUUGUUUCGAUGGUUCUGGAUCGCUUUUUGCUGUGGGUGUUUACGUUGAGCUGCAUUGGUGGCACACUCGGGAUCAUUUUCCAGAGUCCUUCACUGUAUGACACUCGCAAAUCAUUGGCACUUGAGCUCAGCGAGAUCACCAUCAUACACGACGGGGGCUCAACACUUGAUCGGAAACUAACCAUCUUCGACGAACCAUUGGGCGGUGCUGCAUAAUUGCAUCGAAUUGCGUUUAUGUAAGCAGUCACUCUUCAACAUCAUCUGCCCAACAAUCACACCUAAUGGAAAUAUAAUAUUGAUUAUUUGGUUCGAAACAAUCGAAACCAUUUCAAUAGAAAUUAUUAUUAGAACGCAUUUUAUAUAGAAAAUAACGGCAAUUUCAUAAUAAGACAAAAAAAAGUGCAACGUAGUCAUCAUUCAACCGAUUUUAAAGUAAACACCAAACCAAUAGCAAUAAAAAAUUAUCGAAAUGAAUCAAUGCAGAUGUAUCGAAAUAAAUAGAAAAAAUACACAUAAUGAAAUGAUGUCACACGCUCAAUAAACAAAACAUUUAUUUGAACU